AAAUGUCACCGCUCUAAUCCCCGCUCGUGAGUCGACGGGUAGACCACUGACAACGGUGGUCGAUGAUUAUCGCGUUGGAAGUUGGAAGUGGCUCCGCGAUACCUGACGUGACAGCAAGUUCGGGCUCUGGACGUCACGAAUUGUUACCCGGCCACGCGCGUAAGAUCUCGCGAGUGAUCGCGGCAAUGGCGUAACGACGAAGUAGCCGCGUCAAGAUGAGCUGUACAACGAGGUCCGUGGGCCCCAGGGGCGGCCUGUAUGUCGUCGAAGGCGAGGUCUGCCUCCUGGUGACGGCGAUGCGGCGGGGUGCCCGAUGGUCGUCGCACUCUCAUCAGGAUGAUGAUCAAGAUACUCUCGUGAAGAGCUUGAACACCUUGAAGGAGGCACUGAAUGAGCCAAGAGAUCUGUCUCAGUUAAAGCCUGGAGUUUUCCUUGCACCCUUCCUGGAAAUCAUAAGAUCAGAGGAAACUACAGGACCAGUGACCAGCCUGGCGUUAUCUGCUGUUAAUAAAAUCAUUUCUUAUGGUCUUGUCGAUUCCAAUCAUCCUUCCAUAGCAUCCUGUGUGGAGGCUAUCGCUGAUGCAGUUACACACGCCAGGUUCGUGGGAACCGACGCAUCUGGCGAUGGAGUGGCCCUCAUGAGAAUUCUUCAAGUUUUGCGAGCCCUUAUGCUGUCACCUGCCGGCGACCAUCUCUCCAACGAAAGCAUAUGCGAAAUUAUGCUGAGUUGCUUUAGGAUAUGCUUUGAGACACGACUCAGCGAAAUUCUCAGGAGAACGGCAGAACACUGUCUGAGAGACAUGGUGCAGCACUUGUUCACCAGAUUACCGCAAUUCGUCGACGAUACCAGAGCUUUGCCAAAUAUGAAGAAAAUGAGAACGAAUAGUGUGGAGAGUACCCGUAGUAAGAACAGGAAACACAAAAGUUACGUGAAACAAAAGUCCAAGUCCGCUGUGGAUGACGUAGACGACAAAGAGUCGAACAUCCUCAACUCGAUCGACGGAAUACGAGCAGGUGGUCAUCUGGCUAGCACUCCAGUCUCGCCGGUUGGGAACAUCGUAGACAUGCAGGGAUCCUUGGAUCACGGAAGUGCCGAUAAAAACGAGGAUGAGAAGAAUGACAGAAAAGUCAGCGGUAGUAAGGACACUAGUGGUAAAAACGAAUGCAGCAAAGCUAUAGAUCAGGAAGCGAGCAAGAAGCAGGAAGACGAUAAGGACACGAGCAAUAAAGAAGUUAAUAGCGAUGUAGAAAUGGCUGAGGCUAAUAGGACAUCCGAGAAUGUUGACACGGAGAAUAAUAAAGCUGUAUCUGAAGAAACCAAAAACGUAGAAAAGGAAGAUGCAUCUGAGCAAAAAAGUAUGGCGAACGACGCCUCCGGAUCCUCCGCCAAACAGUCCGUGUCAGAAAGUCAAGGUGACGAAGACAAAAGCAUUGACUUGACGCAGUCUCCGGUUGGCAGCGUAGAGGACCUGUCAAUAGAUGAAAGUGUGUCCAAGACUUGCAAAGUAAAAGAGCCUGAGCAGAUGGAGGAGUACGUGAACACCCAGGGUGUUCGCUUCAUGCCGCUGCAACAGCGCGCGCCAUAUGGCGCGUUGUGUGUGCGCGAACUAUUCAGGUUUCUCGUUUCCUUGUGCAAUCCUCUUGAUAAGCAGAAUAACGAAAUCAUGACUCACCUGGGUCUUAGUUUGCUACAAGUGGCGUUGGAAAUCGCUUCUGAUGCCCUUUCUAAUUUCUCGUCAUUACUUGCGCUCGUGAAGGACGACUUGUGUAGAAAUCUCAUUUUGCUACUGGGAACAGAUAGGUUGUCGAUCCUCGCUGUAGAUCUUCAAGUAUCAUUUUUACUAUUUGAAUCGCAAAGGGAGCAUCUAAAAUUCCAAUUAGAACACUAUUUAACUAAAUUAAUGGAAAUAGUAAAUUCAGAGUCUAAUAAAAUAUCCUACGAGCAACGGGAAUUAGCGCUUGAAACUAUAGUAAGAUUGUGGAGAAUACCCGGCUUACCCGCUGAGUUAUAUUUAAAUUAUGAUUGCGGGCUUUAUUCUACGAAUUUGUACGAGGAACUUAUGAAGAUGUUCUCCAAAAACGUCUCCGUGCCCACAGCUGGCAUGUACAGUAUGCAGCUGAUCUCCUUGGACGCCAUAUUAAUGCUAGUUGCCGGUAUGGAGAUUCGUUGCAAGGGUAAAUUGUGUAAGCCGUCGCGUCAUGAGGCAUCGCCGAAUCUUCCCACGCGCGAAGAUCUGCUCGCUACAAAAGCGAACAAACGCUGGCUGGUCCUCGGCACGGAAAAGUUCAACGAGAAUCCACGCGAGGGUAUCGCGAAGCUCACUGAGCAUGGUCUUCUGGGUGGUACCCCCGGCCAUUCGGACCCGGAGAAAGUAGCGAAACUGUUGCGGGAGAAUCCUGGUCUGGAUAAGAAAGCGAUCGGCGAGUACAUCAGCAAGAAGGAGAACAAGAACAUUCUCAAUCACUUCGUGCACAACUUCGACUUGAGAAACACCCGGAUCGACCAAGCUUUGCGACUUUAUUUAGAAUCGUUUAGGUUGCCUGGAGAGGCGCCUCUCAUAGCUCUUCUACUUGAGAAAUUCGCCGAGCAUUGGCAUGAUAGCAAUGGUAGACCGUUUGCCUCCGCCGACGCUGCCUUUACAUUGGCUUACGCGGUGAUCAUGUUAAACGUCGAUCAACACAAUUAUAACGUCAAAAGACAAAAUAAUCCUAUGACUGGCGAUGAAUUCAAGAGAAAUUUGAAGAAAGUGAACGGAGAUGCCGAUUUCGACCAAGAUAUGCUCGACGAAAUAUAUGUAUCGAUUAAAGGAGAGGAAAUUGUAAUGCCGGCCGAACAAACUGGACUAGUAAAAGACAAUUAUCUGUGGAAGGUUUUAUUGAGAAGAGGUGCCGGUCCUGAAAGCACGUAUUUAAAAGUGGGCAAUUCCGGCGAAUUUGUCGACAGAGAUCUGGCAGAGCACGCGUGGGGACCGAUUGUGAGCGCGCUUUGUCGCGCCUAUGACAAAGCACCGGACAGAUCGUUGAAGUGUAAAGUGUCUCAAACGUUCCUCAGUUGCGCGGCAAUCAGCGCUCAUUAUAGCAUGUGCAGCGACCUAGACACUCUUGUGGUGAGUCUCUGCAAGUUUACUGGCUUAAUAACCGGCGGAAAGCCCGAACAAGUGGUGCAACAUCUCGGCGGGAGCGGAAAGUGUCAACUGGCCGCUCUCACUCUCUUUAAAAUCACUCGUUUACAUGGGGACGCUUUGCGAGCAUCUUGGAAGAACAUCAUCGAUUGCCUUCAGUCACUUUACGAGGCAAGACUGUUGCCAAAAAAUCUCACAGAGGCAGAGGACUUUAUCGAUCCGUCGGGCAAGAUAUCUCUGCUUCGAGAGCCGACCACACCGAAAGUCUCACCGGGCGAUCAAGGAAUAUUUUCCACCUUUUACUCGUAUAUCGCGAUGGACACGUCGCGGCAGUCGCAUCCCGCUGAGGCGACUAUACGGAAAAAGGCCACGGAGUUUAUCAGCAAUUGUUAUCUCAAGUCGAUCAUCGAGGAGAGCAAGUUCUUUCAGAGUGAGUCGCUCAAUUCCCUCGUCGGUGCUCUAGUGUCAGUGAAUCCCAACGACGAAGACGUGUCUAUAUUUCUACUAGAGUUAUUGCUGGAAGUAACUAUACAAAAUCGAGACAGGGUGACGUGUAUCUGGCCGGUGGUACAGAGUUACUUGGAUCAUCUAUUAACAGUAGCAGCGCGGGAGAAUCACCCUUACCUACUCGAGAGGGUAGCUGUGAGCAUGCUGAGACUAGCAAUCAGACUCUUACGCGGUGAAGAAUUCGCGUGUCUGUCUCCUCUGCUACCACUCACUCAUCUACCAUCCGCGACGACUGCACCGUUAGCUCGUCAAAUCGCUUACGGUCUGUUUGAGCUUCUGAAGACCGGUGCUGCAAAUAUUCACAGCGCAGAGGAUUGGAAGGUGGUGUUUAGUCUGCUGGAGUGUGCGGGUGCCGGCGCGUUAGCGCCUAAACGGUCCAACACAGUCUUAGACGAGACGUCGAAUACCAGAGCAUCGGUUUUAGACCCGAGACCGAUCAGUCCCGUGCCCGAGUGGGUGCUGGUGUCACCAACCGGCACCGAGGCGCCUCUUCCGGUAGCCGCGGAGAGAAUAGUGUUGGCGCGUGAUCUGCAGCCACACGACUCAGCGGCGUUCGUCAAGUGCUGCGAAAGUCUGAACUUCCUGGUGCGCGACAUGGCACACGUCACGCCUUUCAAUUUUGACCUGUGUGUUAACUGCGUAAGAACCUUCGCCGAAGCGGUGUUACAAUGCACGGGCAAGCGAAACCGGGUGUGCAAUUCGACGGAAGAGUCCCCCGGCUAUCAACACAGUCCUGAACAACUGUUGGAUUUGAUGCACACACUACACACGAGAAUCGCUCAGGUAUUCCGUUGGUGGGCGGAGGAGGGUAGCAUCGACGAAAGUAUAUCCCUAUGGCCGCAGGCUUGGCGACCACUUUUGCAGGGUAUCGCGCGACUCUGUUGCGACGCACGUCGACCUGUACGCACGGCGGCGAUCACGUGUUUGCAGAGCACGCUGUUGGCGCAUGACCUGGCGCAGCUAUCUGCGAUCGAGUGGUCGCAGUGCCUCGAGGAGGUACUGUUUCCGCUGCUAGCGCAACUGCUGGAUCCUAUCGCGUCAAACGAUCCUAUUGGCGUCGAGGAGACGCGAGUUCGAGCCGCGAUGUUACUCUCCAAGGUAUUUCUUCAUCAUCUGACACCUCUACUGACGCUACCCGGUUUCCUACCGCUGUGGUUAACCGUGUUGGAUCUACUGCGCGCAUACAUGCAUGCCGACAACAGCGAGCUAUUGUUCGAGGCUAUCCCUGAGUCCCUGAAGAACAUGCUGCUGGUGAUGUCGUCCGCCAAUGUGCUAGCGCCGAGCUCCAAUCUCUGGGCGCCGACAUGGCGAGCGAUUGACGUGUUUUUACCCAACUUGAGAACGGAACUCUUCCCGGAACCACCCGAAGCUGUGCCUCAUUCCACGCAGCAGCAACCGCAGUCGCAACCACAGACGCCGCAAGUUAUUAGCUUGGUUGGUCAACAGCAGCCACCUUCUUUUCCAGGAUCUAUAGCACCACAGCCGGAAAGUACACCGAUCUCGUCGACCGAUAUCGAGCGCGCAAACAUCCAGGAUAAUGCGAGCACGACGACGCCCGUAGACAUCUUGCAUUCCGCGCAAUCCAGUACGGUUGCGGUUCCGAUUCCCUUGUCGGCAUUGGUAUUUAACAGCGAGGGUAAGGAGCAGCAGCAGGUGAUCACUUUAGUCAGUCAACCAGCACCGAGCGUGUCGAGCCCGGUAGCGGUGCAACCCGCAGCCCAAAGUAUCUUUGAUAUUUGCCAUUCGGCGAAUUCUCUGGCAGACAAAACAAGCGAGCAACAGCAGCCAACGCAAUUGCAACUUCCGGCAUUGUCGCCGAGCGAAGAAGAGUACGACAGAGCGACGAAGAAUACGACGCAAGCAAGCGACGAGGAGCAAGAUCAAAACACGAUAAGCCGGUAUGUGCAGUGGGUACAUCAACAUCAUCAACAGCAGCAGUGCACACAAUAUGUGUCGUACGGAAAGGCACCGCAGUAUCAGCAUCUGACGACGGAAAAUUCUUCUUACCGCAAGGAACCAUCUGAGACGAUGACUGUAGAUUCUACUGCGGCGACGAUGUUUAACUCCGCGGCGUAUUUUAGCGAGGAUCCCGCGGCGGAUCGUCUCUUCGUCGUCACUAAUCCUUGACCACUGUAUAUUCUUUAUGUAAAUUGUAUUAUAUAAAUAUAUUUCUACGACACGUGAUCAUGUUCGUGUAGAUGAGGAUUCACUGUCGUGAAUGCGAUUAAUUAAAAUAAGAAGGACGAGAAAUAGACACAAUCGUUGUAUC